GGUAGGUAGUCACAUUCUGGGCCUCCCACACAGCGGAGCGGAACGACACGCCGUCCGCUUGCAGGGCACAGCGCGUCGCCGUUGGCCGCCGCGGCGGCACGCGAGCUGCGAGCUCCCGGCAGAUGGCGCCCUGCCGCGAGGAGCUCGACUGCGGGGGGGCGGCCCCCGCGCCGCGGCAGUGCGGCAGGGUCGUGUCGAGCCCCUCCGAGCUGGCGGGGCUGGCCGCGUCGAGCGUGCGCUGCGGGGUGUGCCUGGAGGGCUUCGCGGGCGGGGAGGGCCCGAGGCGGGGCUCCGCCCCUCCCGGCCGAGAGGUCGUGCUGCUCGCGUGUGGUCACCCGUUCCACGAGGGCUGCCUGCAGCAGUGGUUCGAGGAGCGGCGGUCCUGCCCCGCGUGCAAGCGGCGCUUCGGGCACAUCAUCGGGCGCCAGCCGGACGUCGGGACGAUGGCGUGGAGGCUGGACAGCAGGACCCGCCUCGCAGGGCACCCGGACAGUUUCACAAUCGUCAUGACCUUCCGUUUCCCCUCGGGCAGGGACCCCGCGGGCCAGCAGUACAGGGGCCGCACGCAGCACGCCUACCUGCCCCACGACGAGCGCGGCAAGCUGCUCCUCGAGCUGCUCCGCCUCGCGUUCCGCAGGCGCGUCCUCUUCGACCUCCGCGUCUCCGCCACGGACGCCAAGUACUGGCCGGCCUUCAACAUACACCUGAAGACGGCGACGACUGGAGGCCCAGAGAGCUUCGGCUUCCCCGACGACGGCUACUUCCAGCGCGCCACGGAGGAGCUCCGCGAGAACGGCGUGACCGUCGCGGAGCUCGCGUGAGGCGGCGCGCCGGGCGCCGCGCGUGUGCAGGCCCCGUGAGGGGCGUGGGGCUGAGCCCCGGACACUGGCGCGGCGGCCGCCCAGUGGCGCGACGCCGGC